CAAUCAGUAUUCUAAAAGCGAAAGUUAAAAUAAAGCUGGUUAGUUGAAUAUAAAGAGAUCUAAAGACCACCACUACCAAAGAAAAAAAGAAAGAGAAUUCCAAAAUUGCAGAAAUCGUAAGAACAAGCAAGGGUUGUUGUUGCAGCAGAGGUAUUGAAGAAGAGAAGAUGCAGACACCAAAACAUCAACAGGCUCAGCUUCAGACCACGAGUAGCAAUAUAAGUAGCAGUUUUAGCAGUGUGGAUAUUCAAUCAAUAGAAGUUAAAGAUGAAGAGAUGUCAAGAUCAGCUUUGAAUACUUUCCGACUCAAAGAAGAAGAGAUUGAGAAGAAGAAAAUGGAGGUUAGCCAGAAAGUUCAAGCUCAGUUGGGUCGUGUUGAAGAAGAAACUAAACGUUUGGCAGAGAUUCGAGAAGAACUUGAAUCAUUGACAGACCCAACAAUGAAGGAAGUUGCUACGGUUAGGAAGAAGAUCGAUAUCGUAAACAAAGAGCUAAAGCCGUUGGGUCAGACCUGCCAGAAGAAGGAGAAGGAAUACAAAGAUGCACUCGAAGCAUUUAACGAAAAGAACAAGGUGAAAGCUCAACUAAUUGGGAGAUUAAUGGAGCAGCUUGUCAGCGAAAGUGAAAAAUUGAGGAUGAAGAAACUGGAGGAACUGAGCAAACACAUUGAUUCCAUGCACUUAUGAGAUGUUGUCUGCAAAAUGAUCAUGACUAAACAAAAACAGGAGUACUGCUUGUUGUAUUUAAGAUGACUUUGCUUCUUCUUCUUCUUCUAUUUUUUUUUUCUUUUUUCCGGGGUGUCUUUUACUUGUGUAUUAUGUAUGGCUUGUAUUUCUGUUUUUCAUUGGAUUCUAAUGGAGGGUUGUGCUGAUUUAGGAAUGUAAUAUCCUCUAAAACAAAACAGGUUUGUAACAAAUGACAUGUUUUAACUUCCUGACUUAUUCGUUUCA